UUAUAAGUUAGGAGCUCAAACCUAACAAUUUUACAAGGAAGGUGCUAAAUGUUGGUUUUAGCCAUUAAAUUCACCAUCAUCUUUCUUCUUUCUCACACAGAAUCUCCCAACUCCAAGAAUUUCCUUUUCUCCAAAUUAUGGAUCCACGAUGGGCUGACCUUCUCCUAAGUCCCAUCAUAAGUACCACGAUAUCCAAGUUGCUAUCUGUUGCUGCUGGGAAAAUCAGCCUUGCUGUCAAUUGGAGGCGGGAGCUUGCAACGCUCCAAGAAAAACUCACCAUGAUCAAGUAUCUGUUGGAAGACGCAGAGGAGAGAAGAGUACGAGACCUUGCUGUGAAGCACUGGCUUGAGAAGCUCAAGGAUGUGGCUCGUGAGAUUGAUGAUGUGCUUGAUGAAGUUGCUUAUGAAAGCGUGAAGCGCAAGGUGUUGAUUGAAAACCAGAUGAAGAAAAAGGUGUGUUUCUUCUUCACUCACUCUAAUCCCAUUGCAUUUCGCAUCAAGAUGGGUAAUAAAAUUAAGAAAACCAUUGCAUCGGUGGAUCGGAUUAACUAUGAGGCCCAACAGUUUGGACUUCAAUCAAGAUUUGCUGUAACAGUUUCUGAAGAUAGGAGCAACCCACAGACUCACUCUUUCAUUGGUGAUCCCUCACGUGUUGUGGGGAGAGAAAAUGAUGUCUCUAGAAUGGUGCAAUUGCUGACUGAUUCAACUAAUGAAUUGCCCCUUUGUGUCUUGUCUAUAGUAGGUAUGCCUGGUCUAGGCAAAACUACCAUGGCAAAAUCUGUGUGUAAUAAUAUGCAGAUCCAAAAGUAUUUUGGAAAAAUUAUGUGGGUUUGUGUAUCUGAAAGUUUUGAUGUGGAGAGGAUAGUAGUAGAAAUGUUUGAGUCUCUUACCAAGAAUUCUUGUGCAAUUAGGAACAAGGACACUGUGGUUCAAAAAAUAAGAGAUGAAUUGGGGGAGAAUAACUAUCUUCUGGUUUUGGAUGAUGUGUGGAAUGAAGAAAGUGAAAAAUGGGCAGACCUAAAGAGUUGUUUGUUGGGAAUAAGUAAGAAAUCAGGGAACAGAAUUGUUGUGACAACUCGAAAUGAAAAUGUUGCAUUGAUAAUGGAAACACGCCCUGAACACAGGCAUCAUCUUCAACCACUAAAUGAUGAUGAAUGCUGGUGUAUAAUCAUGCAGAGAGUAUUUGGGGAUGAUUCUGCACCUCUAGAAUUGGUGGAAAUUGGAAGGGAUAUUGCCAAAAAAUGUGGAGGGGUGCCAUUAGUUGCAAGUGUUAUAGGGGGGACGUUGUGCAUAAAAAGGCCAUGUACAGCAGAGUGGUUAUCCAUUAAGAUCAAAAUUGAUGCAAUGGGUUCACUUGAAAUUCAGAAUAAUGGAAUCAUGCAUGUAUUAAAAUUGAGUUUUGAUCGCUUGCCACAUCCAACUUUGAAGCAAUGUUUUGCACUAUGUUCCAUUUUUCCCAAGGAUUUUGUAAUGAGAAGGGAGAUGUUAAUUCAGCUUUGGAUGGCUGAAGGAUUUAUUCAAUUGUCUGAAGAAAGUACUAUGACGAUGGAGGAUAUCGGUAAUGAGUAUUUCAAUGACCUGUUAUCAUAUUCUUUAUUUCAAAUGGAUGAAAAGGAUUCAUUUGGGAGCAUCACCACUUGUAAAAUGCAUGAUUUGAUUCAUGAUUUUGCACAAUUAAUUUCAAAAUCUGAGACGGUGAUUUUGGAAACUUCUUGUUGGAGCAACAUUUCUAAAGUUCGGCAUUUAAAUCUAAUUUGUGGUAGGGAAAUGGUGCCGAUGGCUUUACCAGAUGAUGCUCAACUACAUACUUUGUUUUCAAGGCAUGGUUUCCCCCAUGGUAUGUCAGGGAAUUUUAAAAGGUUGCGUGUUCUCAGCUCUUGUGAUGAUGUUGAUAUUGAAGAAUUUCCGCCCUGUUUUGGCAACAUGAAGAGUAUGAGGUAUUUAGACAUUUCGGGAACUCGGAUAACAAAACUGCCCAAGUUCAUCACCAAAUUGUACAAUUUACAGACAUUUAGAUUCAUGACCUGCAGAUCUCUAAAAAUGCCUCCAAAAGGAAUAGAAAAUUUAAUCAACUUGAGGCAUAUUUACUUCAGUGAUGAAGAGCAAAUGCCUACAAACAUUGGGAGACUAACAUGCCUUCAAACAUUGCCACUGUUCUUUGUGGGUACUACACAGGGGCGUAAAAUUGAAGAACUGGGCAGUUUAAGUAGGCUCAGAGGAAGUUUAAAGAUCCAUAAUCUUGAGCUUGUUAAGGAUAAAUUAGAAGCCAUGGAAGCAAAAUUACAUGAGAAGGCAAUUUAUGAGUUGGAACUGAGAUGGGGAAAAGGAAGCUAUCAAGAUGAAGAUGUUAUGGAGGGCCUCCAACCUCACUCAAAUUUGCAAAGACUAACUAUAGAAGGUUAUGAAGGUAACAAAUUGCCAUCAUGGAUGUCUAAAAGCGACUGUGGUUUGGCUAGCGAAUCAUUUUUGCUCAGGAAUUUGGUGAAAUUGAGAAUUCAAGGGUGUCAGAAGCUAGAAAGCAUUCCAACAUUUGUUACAUUGCCAUCCCUGAAAGAAAUAGAAAUAUACAAUUGUCCUAUGUUGGAAAGUGUUUCAAUUAGUGGGUUAUCUUUGCUCCUUAAACUCCACAUUCAAGCUUGCCCUGCGUUGUGUAACAUAGGAGAUACCCUAUCAACCUCCAAAUGCCUAAAAGAAUUAUUUUUGUGGGGAUGUGAUGAUCUGAGAUUUAUUCCUGGGCUUUUUGGGCUGACCUCUCUUCAAAAGUUGACACUUGUUGAUUGUUAUAGAAUAGAGUGCCUGCCGAGCGGGCUAUCAUCCUGCAUUGCUCUCGAAGUGUUGAAGGUACGUGGAUGUGAAAACCUAAUCUCUAUUCCAGAAGAAUUGAAGGAAUUGCAUUCAUUGGUUCAUUUAGAAAUUAUACGUUGUUCGAGAUUAAGGAGCAUUCCAGAAAAUACCCUCAGCUGCAUUAGCUUGAAGACAUUGCGUAUUGGUGGAUUCUCAAAAGAGUUGGAAGAAUUCCCUAGUCUCAGUUCCAUCCACUGCCUCCAAACAUCCCUUGAAAAUUUGGAUUUAUUUGGAUGGAAAAAACUAACUGAGUUGUCACAUCAAAUUCAAAAUAUCACUUCUCUAAAGAGUUUGGCAAUAUUUGAUUUCAAUGAAGUGGAAACAUUACCAGAGUGGUUAAGAAAUACAUCCUUUCUUAAAUCACUGUGUAUUGUUAGAUGCCUUCGAUUGAAGUAUGUACCAGAAUUGCCAUCUACUCUCGAAGCACUUGAAAUAUGUGAAUGCCCUAAUCUGGUCUCUAUCCAAGAGCAGACAUUGGGCCACCUUGCUUGCUUGAAGAGAUUGACUAUUGGUGCUUUCUCAAAUGAGUUGGAGGAAUUCCCAGGUCUGAGUAAUCUCAAUAUCUCUCUUGAAAAGUUGACCUUGGUUGGUUGGGAAAAGCUAACUCAAUUGCCACAUGAAAUUCAACGACUCACUACUCUAAGUUACUUACCGAUUAGUGGAUUUGACGGAGUGGAAGCUCUGCCAGAGUGGUUGAAAGAUUUGUCCUCUCUUCAAUGCCUGAAGAUUAAGCAUUGCAAGAAUCUGAAACAUCUCCCCUCUGCAGAAGCCAUUCGAUGCCUCUCUAAAUUGAAAAGCCUUUGUAUCUUGGACUGCCCAGAGUUAGAGAUAAGAUGUGGCAAAAGCGGUCCUGAGUGGUCCAAGAUUUCUCACAUUCCACACAUCAACAUAAAUGGAGUGGACAUCUAAUCCCCAGAUUAAGGUUUCCAAGUGGCAAAAAGCUGAAGAAUUAUAAAUUUUCAGUUGGUUAAUUGGAAAGAGGAUUUCUAGAGUUUAGAAAUUAGCUACAACAACAACAACAAUCUAGCUUCAGUCACGGAAUUGUUCUGCCCUUGUAAAAGAUCAUUCAGCUGUUAUGUCCAUAUAUCAGCAUCUAUGUUUAGGUCUUAAAAAACCAGCAGAUCCUCAUCCAAUGAUUAGGCAAUCGCAGAGGAAUGGUAAAGAAGUAGCUUCACCGAGUGAAACUAAUUCUGGUGUGCUUUUGUAGUAUUUUAUGACUAAAGUAUCAUUUGGAUU